UAAGCUCCACCCCGCCACCUCAAGAGCAACCUUUUAGAACAGUGUACUUGGGCGUUCCAAGGCUCUGUAUAUCAUCGGAAGGACUCGGUCCCAGGCUCUGUAUAUCAUCGGAAGGACUCGGUCCCAGGCUUUGUAUAUCAUCGGAAGGACUCGGUCCCAGGCUCUGGAUAUCAUUGGAAGGACUCGGCAUUUUCCGCCACAUCGGGAUCACCUAGCCAAACGGUUAGCUUGCAAUGAGCUAAUGUUUGGGGGUAUUUUUUAUAUCCUUAGCGUUGUACUGGUCACGGAAGACAUAACUAUUGUAGAAAAUGGCGGAUGUCAAAGGAGAAGAAAUUAGCUCGCCUUUCCCUCCGUUGCCCCAGUCCUUCUCUCGUAACGGCUCCGGUGGAAGUACACCGGCUGGCACCGGCGACGGUCCCUGCCAGACGGCCACCACCGUCACGUCGGGCCCGCGGCUGGUCCGGAUAGUGAAGUCCGACUCGGGCUACGGCUUCAAUGUCCGCGGACAGGUCAGUGAAGGGGGACAGCUGCGGAGCAUCAACGGGGAGCUGUACGCGCCGCUGCAGCACGUCAGUGCGGUGCUACCCGGAGGAGCAGCGGACAGAGCCGGGAUCUCAAAGGGGGACAGGAUCCUGGAAGUAAAUGGGGUGAACGUGGAGGGAGCGACCCAUAAGCAGGUGGUGGACCUGAUCCGGGCCGGGGAGAAGGAGCUGGUGCUGGCGGUGCUGUCCGUCCCGCCCCAGGAAGCGGACUGCCUGGACCCCGGGGACGACGGCUCGGCCCAGUCCUGCUACGACUACUCUGACAAGCAGGCCGUGCCCAUCUCCGUGCCCACCUACAAACACACCGAGCUCAGCCAGGAGAAGUUUGUGGUGUACAGCGUGUACAUGGCCGGCCGGCAGCUGUGCUCCAAGCGCUACCGGGAAUUCUCCAUCCUGCACCAGAACCUGAAGAGAGAGUUCUCCAACUACAUGUUCCCCAAGCUGCCGGGGAAGUGGCCCUUCACCCUGUCUGAGCAGCAGCUGGACGCCCGCCGCCGGGGGCUGGAGGAGUACCUGGAGAAGGUGUGCUCCGUGCGUGUCAUCGGUGAGAGUGACAUCAUGCAAGAGUUCCUGUCAGAUUCCGAUGAGAACUACAACGGGGUGUCUGAUGUGGAGCUAAGGAUAGCCAUGCCCGAUAAGACGACAGUCACAGUCAGAGUACGCAAAAACUCCACCACAGACCACGUCUACCAGGCUGUGGUGGUGAAGGUGGGCAUGGACAGCGUGACCGCCAGCUACUUUGCCCUCUUUGAGGUCAUCAACCACACCUUCGUGAGGAAGCUGGCGCCCAAUGAGUUCCCCCACAAGCUGUACGUCCAGAACUACACGUCAGCGGUGCCCGGGACCUGCCUCACGCUGCGCAAGUGGCUGUUCACCACCCAGGAGGAGAUCCUGCUCAACGACAACCAGCUGGCCAUCCACUAUUGCUUCCACCAGGCACUAGACGACGUGAAGAAGGGCUUCAUCAAGGUGGAGCAGAAGUCCUACCAGCUGCAGAAGCUGGCGGAGCAGCAGAAGCUGGCCAUGUAUCUGAGUCUGUUGCGGGGCUGCGAGGGCUACAACGAGGUCAUCUUCCCCCACUGCUCGUGUGACUCCCGGCGCAAGGGCCAUGUGAUAACUGCCAUCAGCAUCCAGCACUUCAAGCUGCACGCAUGCACGGAGAACGGCACGCUGGAGAAUCAGGUGAUCGCCUUCGAAUGGGCCGAGAUGCAGCGCUGGGACACAGACGAGGAGGGCAUGGCCUUCUGCUUUGAGUACGCUCGCGGGGAGAAGAAGCCGCGCUGGGUCAAGAUCUUCACACCAUAUUUCAACUACAUGCACGAGUGCUUCGAGAGGGUCUUCUGUGAGCUCAAGUGGAGGAGGGAGGUGGAGGAGGAGGCGACCGACAACGACAACAAGAACUGCAGCAAAGAUGGUAUGUGUGGCGAGAAUAUCUUCCAGCUGUUGAGGCACAGAAGGGAUGGAAGCACCUAGGAGGAGCUGGACUCAUCGCCUCCUAGCUCCUCCUCAGCAGCGUUCCUCAGCUCCAUCUCGGCUCUUCAUCUCCCCGCCCUAAGACAAGCCCCUGCCGCCCCUCCCCACCAUACCCUCAACAGCACCUCACCCAUUAAGGACAUUUCAGCAACCACGCUGCAAGAUGCUGAACCAUCAUAUGCAACGGAAAUAGGAAAAAAACUCAUUUGACGCAGACGAC